CCCUGGAAAGAAAGCCAAAGGGUCUCACUUACUCUCAAGCAGCUUAUUCUGGGGGCGAGGGGUGUGUGUGACCCUUUGGACCCAAAGACUCUGUGUCUGUGGGGAGGGGGCAUGUGCUUCUUUCCCGAUUAGCUGCCCCCUUUUGCCCACUGCUGUGGGUCAGCCCCAUGCUCCCAGCCCAAGCCUGCAGUCUGCAGUUGGAAAUGAACAAUCUGCCAGGCUGGAAAGCCCCUCCUGGGUGUCCUUUGGCUUUCAGCCCACCCAAACCACUUUCUCUUUCCCUUUCUCUGGGUGGGGAUACUCUUUGUCCCCAUCUCUCUUAGCAAAUAGUAAAAGUGAAACAGCCUAGCCUUGGGCUCAUUCUUCCUGGAAGGAGAGCUUCUCACUAUUCGGAAGAAUCAAGAAGCCUGCAAGGAGGCCAUGGCUCUUCUGGGUGUUGCUGGAGAGCAGAGCCAGCAAGUGGGCAGCCUUAUCUGUAAGAAAAGAUCUGGAAACUAGAAGAGAAUUGCACCAGAAGCUCAAACAACCAAUGAAUAUGUUGUCUCUGGUGCUCAAGUCUGAACGAGUAACACUGCUGGCAGAUGCAAUGAGAUCAGAGCCCCACUAAAAGUCACUGUUUUGGAAAGAAUCCCAUUGGGACCAACAGAGAUCAUCCCAGUUGCUGGAGAUGGAGAGCCAGGAGGACACAGCAGCUCAGCAAAAGGAGCAGCAGCUGGAGAUGCUGAAGAAGAAGAGAGAGGAAUGGGCCAAGUCAGCCCUGGCAGAGAUGAGAGAGGAGCUGGAAAAAGGACACACCCGGGAAGAAGAAGCUGGGAGGAAGAAGGAGGAGGCCCUGCGGCAGGCUAUGGAUGUCCCCCCUGAAGGCUGGAAGGAAGCUAAAGAGAGCUUGAAGGAGGAGAUAGAGAAGAGGCACCAGCAAGGGGCCCUUGCGGAAGGGUCAGCGGCCAGAAAUGAGAACCUCUCUGAUGACGACAUUUUAAGAUGGGCAUCGGGAGGCCUGGCUCUGCAGGGCAUUUUCCAAACCUGCAAUCUGGGAGACUGUGUGCAGAAGCGAGAGCAGCUCAUCCAGAUCCCAGAAGGCUUCCAGCUCCUUGGUCCAAGCCAAGGGCCCCAGUCUGAGAGAAGGGACUUUUCCUCUUCAGAAGCAGAAUCAAAAUUCAGGAAGACCGUAGAGCAGUUGGGCCUCAGCUUUGGCCUUGCAUUUAAAUAUGGGAUUGGGGAAGAAUAUAUAGAGAGCAGCAGUAGCUACAGGCAUUCUUCAGAAUCCAAAGAGAGCUCCAAGUCUUGCUCUGAACAUUCCUAUAUUUGCACAACCCAGUAUAAUUAUGUCCCAAUAGCGUCAUGCCACUUUCCAAAGGACCAGCUGAGGCUUUCCCAUCCAGCUUUGCAAGACCUUAGAAAGAUGGAACAACUUUUGAGACAUGUUUCAGAUAAAGACAAGGAGAAGAUACUAAAGAACAGAUGUGAGGGCUUUUUCAACACUUUUGGCUCCCAUGUCAACCAGGGACCCCUGCAUCUGGGUGGGAUAUUCUGGCAGAGGGUCUCUUCCGAGGGCUUUAAGGCCGACAAGCGACAAGAGAUCAAGAUGCAAAUCUCACGCAUCCUCAGCUUCAACACAGGAUGCAGCUCUGCUGGUAGCGUUGCCUCUGAGGAAGAUCCCAAGGACCCAAAGCCCAAGACAGAGCCCAAUGGUGCAAAUGUUCUUGGGGGGGCUGUCUGUGGUGUUAAGGGAUCCUGGACAAGCUCCUCAGCGUCAUCCAAAGAUGCCAACAGACAGGCUGCUCAAAUGGCUGCUGAGCUCUUUGUGUCCAAAACAGGUGGCCCCCCUGAAGCAGAUUUGCUGACCCCUUGGAAAUCUGGUCUGCUGGCCAGUAACAAAACCUGGAGCGUCAUUGACCGGGGAGACAAGUUCAUCCCUGUCUGGGAGAUUGUCUUAGCCAACCACAAGAAAGAUUUCAAAGAUGUUCUUGCAAUAGCUAACAGUCUAAGGGACUGCUAUGCGGCCCUGACUGGCAAAAAAGUAGAAGUGCUGCAUGGCGAGGAGCUGAUUGUGGCAGAGGAAGAGGCCAGGGCAUUCCUGGAGAACAUCAAGGCAUGGAAGAUCACCGGGGAGCAAGAGAAAUUGGAGGAACUGGUUCGUUUCAAAGAGAAGCUGUACGCAACUACUAAAUCAGACCGCAUGUGGAUUAACCUAUGCCUUUCAAAUCAGGCGCUUCAAGAUUUUCUGGAACAAAGCGUUUUAUUAUACAAACGUUCUCUGCCCAAGAACACUGGUAAUGUCAGAUUUCUUCUCCGCCGCCUUCUGGAGCCACACAUCUAUUCGGUCCCAAACUUUCCCAGUUCCUCAGAGAUUAUGAGGUGGGUCUUUGCUCCAGAGCAGAAACAGCAAGACACGGAUGUCUGGGUCCCAACCCUGGCUGACUUGACUGGGAUCCUUCAGCAAAUGAAGAAGAGCAUAGAAGAGGCUGAGGAGGAGCCUGGACAAGCAGCAGAGGAGGCAAUGGCAAAGGUUUCCACUGAGCUGAGCUUCAGAUUCUGCUCCUUACUCAAGGCCCUGAAGGAGGGCUCCCAGGAAGAGACAGCCCUGUUACUGCUGUCCAUUGCGCACAGUGUAGGAUAUAACGUGGAAAACGAUUUCUUCCAAUAUCGUCUCGGAUCCUCACAAAUUGACUUCAUUUUACAGAAACUAAAAGAAGCGUAUGAGAAGCAUCAGGCUCUUGUCAAUCUGCAUGCUCCUCGUGCUCAGGCUUACGUUGUCCUGAUGGGUCUGGCAACAUCAGCUGACGGCAAAGAAGUGCCUCCGGAGGAGAAGGGAAGACGCUUGACUUUUAUGAAGGAGCACAUGCAGGAAUCCUGGGGAGAUGAAGUUGCCAAUGUCCUUAGAAGGCAUAACAUCCAGAAUGACUGGAAUUUGCUGGAGGAAGAUUUGGCUUACCUUGUUGAUGGGAAUUAUGAAGCCACAAAUUAUGAGCAACAGAAAGAGUGUGUCGUAAGAGAGUUAGAAGGUAUAUUCCAGGCCAGCAACCCAUCAGGGAACACAGAAUGCAAAGAUCUGGAUUUCAGCCACGACCCAAGAUGCAGCAAUAUCACAAAUCACGAGUUUCUGGAUUUGAUCAAGAUGCUUGACUUGGAAAAGUAUUAUCCAAACAAAAUGCAAAUGACAGACUUCCACCUCAUUCACAAAAUAUCUUCAUACGAUCAACAGCCCAGCGCUGAAAGAGAGCUUCCCCUUUAUUUCCUGGAAAAGCUAUUAAUGCUAGAUUAUCGGGCAAGGUACCUGUCAUGCAAGGAUAACAUUAGCACAGUACAAGACAAUACGUCAGAUUUCGUGGAGGCGUCAGACAAAUGUUUAGAUGACUUGGACUACAUUUUUGACGAUGCCACUCCUGAUGCGUGCCACGAAGAUGUCCAGAGCAGUCGCAAGCACAUCCACCCCAUGGACGUCCAGAUGGCCAUUUUCCUUUGUGCGGACGACUUCACCAGGCAGUACAUGGCAACCAAGCUCUCAGUCUGCCAGUUUGCCCUCCCACUUUUGGUGCCAAAUCCCUGUACUUCACAGAUAGAAUUCCCUCUCUGGUCCCUCUGCCAGGUUAACAAGAAAUGGCAGUGCACCCAGGAAUUUCAAAAGAAGAGGAUCAGAAAAUGCAAAGACGAACUAAUCUAUCAAGCCAGGACACCUCUGGUGUCCUUCAUAAGAUUUAGCACGUCUCCAGUCUCUAAGUCCCAGCUUCUGAAUCACCUGCUGAGUAAGCAAAAGCAUGACGUCUUUUUCCACCGUCACUGCAAAGGGAGCAGCAAAAACUGUCUUCUGAUGAAAGGUGUUGCAGAAAUUGCUUGGUAUUGUCCAAGCGGGAAGAAUGACGACUCUUUUGACAGUUGUGUUGCAUUCACUAACCUCCAUGGGAAUGCAGUGGAACAUAAGGAACAAGUUGAAUUUUUGCAAGAGAUAGCCUCAGUCACGGUCAUUCUCUUGUCAGACAAUGACAGGACGGGAGACAGCGGCACUUUCCUGAAAGAACUCCUCAAGUCUCCGCAGCCUUUCAUCUUUCUCUGUGUGGACAAAGAGCAAAUUUUAAUGAACAAACAUGAGAAACGAAUCAAAAUUGCAGCCAAGAACCGUAACGAAGCAGAAUUAAUUGAACAGCUGAUACAAGAAAUUAAGUCUACCCUAAGGCUUUCAAACAACUUUUACAGUCUUGAGCAGUGUGCCCCUAUUGCCCAGAAGCAUGGCUUCCUUGUAGAUGAAGACAAAGAGGAGUGUAAAAUAGGCAAAGCAACGGCGGAAAGUGUGGUUAGUAUUCUGAAAAAGGAAAACAUGUUGGAAGCCAAAAAGAGACUCCUUCCUCUGCAAGGGCCCUUGUGGCUCCAGUGGUGUGAGAAAGACAGAGAACAGACCCACCUGCAGGACCAUAAGAACAUGGGCCUGGAGCAGCAGAUUAGCCAAAUCAACUCCCAAAAGCAAAUAAUAAGGCAAAAGCAGUUGAAUCAGGCCUCCCCCCUCAACGACCUGAUGAAGUCUCUGCUUACGGGUCUGUUUUCCCCUUCGCGGAACAUCAAAAUGUACUUUCUGCAGUGGAUGAAGGUAUUACUAGCUGACUUGACUUCAGACCAUCUUGCAGAGCUUCAAGUGAUUUACCACAAUCUGUGGACCCAAAAGCAGGUGGGAGAAGAUGGUUACUCGCCUCGUAAGCUAGAAGAGGUAGCAAGUGAAAUAAGUGAGUCCACCUUUGGCUUAGAGCACCUUCUGAGAGAGAUUGGUCAGCUUUACGAAGCUCUGGACGUGACGUCGCCGCCGGAUAAACAGGCCGUCCAGUUGCUGCCCCAGAUAGCGGCUGACAUGAUGGAGCUGGGCUAUCCCAUUGAGCUGAUGGACGGCGAUGCUUCGCACGUGCCACUGAAAUGGGUGAGUGCCGUCUUGGACAAACUGGCCGAGAAGCUAGGUGACAAAGAAGUGUUUGUCCUCUCCGUCCUUGGCAUCCAGAGCUCGGGAAAGUCAACUCUCCUGAAUGCCAUGUUCGGCCUUCAGCUCCGCGCCAGCCCAGGGAGAUGCACCAGAGGCGCAUUCAUGCAACUGGUUAAGAUAAGCGACAAGCUCCGGCCAGUGCUGGAACUAGACUUCUUGCUCAUUGUAGAUACAGAAGGACUUCGGGCUGCAAAAGAAACAGACCGAUCGAUGUUUAAUCGGGAUAAUGAGCUGGCCACCUUUGUCAUUGGUCUCGGCAACAUGACCGUGAUCAAUAUCUUUGGAGAGAACCCCUCAGAAAUGCAAGAUGUCCUUCAGAUUGUCGUACAGGCAUUUUUGAGGAUGAAGCAAGUAAACCUUUCCCCCAGCUGCUUGUUUGUGCACCAGAACGUUGGGGAAAUAGCCAGGGAAGAGAAAAACAGGGAAACCCGGAGAUGCAUCCAGCAAAACCUGGACGAAAUGGCUGUCACGGCAGCCCAGCAGGAAUCCUGUGAGGUGAGCUCUUUCAGCGAUGUGAUCCACUUCGACGUGAACUCCCACGUUCACUACUUUUCUCACCUCUGGGAAGGAGAGCCGCCCAUGGCGCCCCCAAACCCCAGCUACAGCCAAAACAUACAAGAACUGAAGUGCAAGAUCCUCACGGAUGCAAAAGAAAAAUCCGCCCAAGAGGGUCUUCUCAAGAUGUCUGAAUUGAAACUCCACAUUCAGAGCCUGUGGGAGGCUCUGCUGAAUGAAACCUUUGUUUUCAGCUUCAAAAAUACCUUGGAGAUUGCUGCCUACAGCAGGUUAGAAAACAAAUAUAGCAAGUGGUCGUGGGAACUGAGGAGUUUUGUGCUGGAUCAAGAGCGCAGGCUGAUGAUCCAGAUUCAGAAUGACAAACUCCACAGCGUAGACCGAGCCUCUCUGACGGAAAGCAUUAAAAACAAAUAUGCAGAGAUUAUGGUGGAUUUUGAUAAAUAUUUUUGUGAGGAUAAAUACCGAAAGCAAACAAUUCAAUGGAAAGGGAACACGAAAAUUAAACUGGACUUCUUAAUGGAAGAGCUUGCUAAUACAACUUGCCGAAAUUGUGAAAGAAGCAUUAAUCUGAAGAGUCGCUGGAGGAGUUUUGAACAAAAGAGGUCUACAUUUCAAGAUGAGAUCCUUCAGAGAAGCAAAGAAUUAGCCAAACAGUUCAUGCACAAAGAGCUGAGUGAGCAUGAACUGAGAGAGAAGUUUAACAGCAUGUGGGCCGGGUGGAUGAGCGCCGUCUCUCCUCCUGCCUCUCACGCCAGUCAUGUCAGCAUCCAGGUGGAUGUGGAGCACUUCCUCUGCGAGCGCUUCAAAAGCGAGCCUGGGAUCAGUGAGAGAAUUAAAACCUCUGCUAAACUGACGCGCUUCCCUUGUGAGUCUCCUCAGUAUAUCUCCGCUGAGACCUGGGUAACGAAGAAAUGGAGGGAAUUCACCAGAUGUCUCCCCGAUAAACUCUCUCAACGAAUCCCAGAAAUGAAAAGAAAAGCUAAGAAACCUGAGCUAGCCCUGAUUACGGUACGUUCGUUAACAGACUCUCUGGAGCGGCUGGUUAACAACUAUGUUCAAACCAAAGAAAAGGAAAGUAUGAACUAUAGCUCCUCCUAUUUCCAUGAGAUAGUGCAGAUCAUCAAUGAGGAAAUGUCUACCUUCGCAGAUCCGGACCUGACCCUGCCAACUUCAUACCGAGUGGACAUAGCCCUCUAUUUGUGCCAGAAGGCAGCCAAAAGGUUUACAGAGAUGCACCAGAAGCUGCAGAAAGAGAAUGACCCUUCCUUCUUUCUCGAAAGCAAGAGGGAAGACUUCUUUCAGUCAUUUGCCAUCUCCUGCCAAGGAGCCAAAUCUGUCACGACGUUUGCCGUCUUUUUGUGCAACAGUCUAAGAUUGGCAAUCCGGGAUGCCAUCCAUGAAAAGGCUGCCAUCCACAUAGCUGACAUCAUGAAGGCCGAAGACCCCGCUUUCAGUAAUCGAAAGAUGCUGGAAAAGUACAUGCUCAUCCAUCUGGCCGAACAGGAACACUUUGAGAAAUACAUGGAGUACAUUUAUCACCCCAAUUACUAUAUGGGGGAAUUCAUUAGGCGACGAGUUGAUCAAUACUGCUUAGAUAAAAAGCAGCCAAGAUUAAAGGAUGUAUUAAAUACUCAUCUCUCUGCUUUCCAAAAGCUGCUCAGUCAGGCUAUCAAUGACUCCACGAGAAUUGCUGAAGAUAAAGGGGGCAAUGCCUCUUUGUGGCUGGAUGAAUUCUGCCUCGCGGUCGGAGAUGACCUGGUCCUCCCCAGGCACACCUUAGCAAGCAUCGAGCACCAGGAGGUGGCAAACAUUCGGGCCAUUGAAGAAGCCAUCAAUGAUUCACUGGCAGCUGUGCUAGAUCAUCUGAAACAGGAAUUCAUGACAACAGACUUUGAACCCUUUAUUGCCAAACCUCACGAGAUCCUCUUGGAGCAGUUCUCUGGGUGCCUGAAGCAAUGUCCCUUUUGCAAAGCUGUCUGCACAAACACAAUUCCAGGGCAUGACGGAGCGCACAGAACUCCCUUCCAUCGCCCACAGGCCCUGACUGGAAUCCAGUGGGAAGGAACAAACCAUCUUGUCAUUGAAACCUGCUCCACUAUUGUAAGUGGAAACUACUCCCUCCUGUUUGAGGAGGAGAAGAUUCCUUGUUCAGAAUUCCAAAUGGCAGGAUCAGAUUAUGCCAAGUGGGACAUCCGACAAGACAUUUACCAUCUGCUUGGAAACUCUGCACAGAAUUAUUGGAAAUGGUUCAUCUGCCACUUUAGAAGUGAAUUAGAGAAAGCCCAGAAGGGUGUUUUCAAAGGAAAGGGAGCAAUACCAUGGCAGUGGGAAAGCUUACAGAAAGAAGACAUUCUUUCACGAAUGAAGGCCAAUAGUCAAGAUGACCCAGAUUUCAGGAGGCGAGUUUUUUUCCCACUACUACUUUCUAAAAGGAUAUUCAAGGGAAAGUAAUAUUCAUUCUGAUCAGAUCACUCACCAAGCUAAGGGCACACACACACACACAACACACACCACACACACACACACUGCCUACACCUCAUCCAGACAUUUAAAGAACAUUCUGCAGUGAAAUAGGUCUAUAAUUCUUUGUUAAUGUGUUAUCUGUAUCUUCCUUAUAAAUCACUGUAAUGUAGACAUUCCCCCAAGACUCCCAAUAAUUCACCACCUUUUUUAAAGGCUGCCAUCGCUUGCCUUCACAUUUCUCAUCCUAUGCUGCAGGACUGGAACUUUCCCAGAUUGAAUCCUUUGAAUUGCUUCAAUAAACUCCAUAGUUGUCACAGGGCCAUUCAAACUUUGCUUUUGUUUCAGAUAGAAAACAAAGAAUUAUAAACCGAUUUCACUAAAAAAUAAUGAUUGGCAGGGCGACUAAAAUGGCGAACGGUCUGGAAACCAUGAAGCCCUAUGAGGAACGACUCAGGGAGCUGGGGAUGUUUAGCCUGGAGAAAAGAAGAUCAAGAGGUGAUACGAUAGCC